AAAAACAUAAUCACAUCCUCUGGUUUAUUGAUUCCAUAAACCAGAGGGGAAAAACAAAAACACAUUUUUGAUAUGGCCUAAUCUCAUUUUAUAUUUAUAUAUUCUUAAUAUUAAUUUAACUUUCUUGAAUGAUGCGGGAGGAAGUAGUUGUUCCUGUCGCGGAAGAAGAGGUUGCUGUUGAUGAUAUCAUGAGCAGCAGCGACACUGAUACAGAAUCAUCAGAUGAACAUUUGGAUCAUGAUGAUAAUGAUGAUCAUCAACCUACUUUUGAUCAGCCUGGUCAAUUAGUAUCUCCUCUCGACAUUAAAGCUUCAAGAAAACACGCGUUGCUUAGAUUAAGAUGUAGGGUGGAAGAUGCAAUUCUUGGUGGAUACAUUUAUGGUAAAAACAAAAACCAGUCUCUAUCUGUUAAAACCAUAACAGAGGAUUUGACUGGAAUUUCAUUAUGGGGUGUUCCAUUAUUACCAAGUGAAGAUAACACGAGGACGGAUAUUGUUUUGUUGAAUUUCUUGAGAGCUAAGGAUUAUGGUGUUUAUGAUGCGUAUAAAAUGAUGAGGAAGACGUUGAGAUGGAGAAGGGAAUUUAGAGUAACGGAGAUUCUUGAUGAAAAACUAUUUAGUCCUGACCUCGAGAAAUUGUGGUAUAACGAUGAUGGUAAAGAUAGGGAAGGAAGGCUAUUAUGUUAUAAUGUGUUUAGGAAUAUCAAGAACAAAGAAUUGGAAGAAGAGAUUUGGGGAAGACAUAAUCAUCAUCACGAGUGUCUUAGAUGGAGGAUACAUAUUUUGGAGAAGGCAAUUCAACAACUUGAAUUUAAACAAGGAGGGGUUAAUUCUGUUGUGAUGAUAACAGAUUUGGGAAAUUCACCGGGAAAUGCUUGGAAAGAGGUUCGUUGGAUUAACAGGAAGAUGAUGAGUUUGGUUCAUGAUCAUUAUCCUGGAAUCAUAUACAAGAAUAUAUUUAUCAAUGUUCCUGUUUGGUUUUCCACGGUUCAUGCACUUAAUCUGCGAAUGAUCACACAAAGAAGCAAGAAUGCCUUCAUAUUUGUGAAGCCAUCUAAAGUUACAGAGACCCUUCUCAAGUAUAUUAGCCCAGAGAACUUAUUAGCUGAAUAUGGUGGACUCAAAAAGGACAAGGAUGUUGAGUUUUCAACUGAUGACAAAGUUCUAGAGAUAAGCAUCAAACCAUGUUCAUUUUGCCUCAUUAAAAUGCCUGUCAAAGAGGUUGAGGUGACAAUAACUUGGGAUUUGAUAGUGGUGGGGAAUGAAGUGAGUUACAGAGAAGAAUUCAUACCAGACGAUGAUUGUUCGUACAGAGUCAUGCUUCAAGAAGAUAAGAAAAUGGUGGAGAGUGUAAGGAAUUCUUUUCAUAUUAGAGAAGAGGGGAGAAUAGUUAUCACUAUUGAUAAUCCUACUUACAAGAAGAAAACAGCCUUCUACAGAUACAAAACUAAGCCUAGUGUACCACUGUAUAUGUGCCUAAAGUAAUUAACAUUUUUCUUCUCAGUUAUCUUGUUUUAAGUUUCUAUCCUACUCCCUUUUUUCUGGAUUAUUGUAAAAGAGAGCAAAAAAUGAAAAAAAAAACUUAGGCCAUAAAAGAAAGUUGUACAUACAUAUAUCUAAACUUAAAUACUAAUCCCUCUGUUUCAA